GCAGGGACUGCAGAGCUGCAGAGGAGGGCGGUGGAGCUGACAGCUGCAGGUCUGAUCUCUGCCAUGGACGCGCUUCCCGACCCCACCGGGGCGUUUGCCGUGCACCUGCUGAAGACGCUGUGCCAGGACAGGCCCGGGGACAACGUGUGCAUCUCCCCCGUGAGCGUGGCCGCCUCCCUGGCCAUGCUCCUGCUGGGGGCCGAGGGGAGCACCAAGGCCCAGAUGGCCCAGAUGCUCUCUGUGAGGGCGGAAAAGGACAUCCAUCGCGGGUUCCAGUCCCUCCUCGCCAAAGUCAGCAGGCCCGGUGGCCAGUACUUGCUGAAGAUGGCCAACCGGCUCUUUGGAGAGAAAUCCUGUAACUUCCGCUCGGCCUUCACGGAGGCCUGUCGCCGGCUGUACCAGGCCGACCUGGGGCAGCUCUCGUUCGCCAGCGCCGCCGAUCAGGCCACGGCAUACAUCAACAACUGGGUGUCCAAGAAGACAGAAGGCAAAAUCCGAGAGCUGCUGACCAGUGACUCCAUUAGUGAGCAGACCAAGCUGGUCCUCGUCAACGCCGUCUACUUCAAAGGAAGGUGGGAAGAUCCGUUUGAUAAGACGUACACGACGGAAAUGCCUUUCAGAAUAAACCAGAAGGAGCAGAGGCCGGCCCAGAUGAUGUUUCAGGAAUCCACUUUCAAGCUCAACUACGUAGAGGAGAUUCGGACCCAGAUCCUGGAGCUGCCCUACGUCCAGAAGGAGCUGAGCAUGGUCAUUCUGCUUCCGGACGACGACGUGGACCUCACAUGGGUGGAAGAUCAGCUCACGUUCGAGAACUUGCAAGCCUGGACCAGGCCGGGCUGCAUGCAGAGCACGGAGGUCGAGGUGGUCCUGCCCAGGUUCCGGCUGGCAGAGGAUUACAGCCUGGAGGCCGUGCUGCCCCGCCUGGGCAUGGUGGAUGCCUUCGAGGGCGGGCUGGCCGACUUCUCGGCCCUGGCAGACCCCGGGAACCUGUGCCUGUCGGCGUUCGUGCAUAAGACGUGGCUGGAAGUGAACGAGGAGGGCACGGAGGCCGCCGCCGCCUCGGGCGUGGACAUCGAGGAGGACUGUGGCGUGGAGCUGCCCCAAUUCUGCGCCGACCACCCCUUCCUCUUCUUCAUCGUGCACCAGGAGACCCACAGCAUCCUCUUCUGCGGCAGGUUUUGCUCCCCAUAGCGGUGCGUGCCGGCAGCAGUCUCCCUCACGUCGCUCCCACGCAUCCUCCCGGUUCACCUCACCCCUGCAAUGCCAGAGAGGGGUGGUGGCCGCGCCUCCCUCUGGGUCACUGGCCGGAACCACCCCAGCUCCCCGCUUACUGACCGUUCCCACGUGCUGUUAUUCCGAUCACGGGACAAGAGGUCCGGACGGUCGCAAACGCAGUGGGGCUGGCGGGCUCACGGGGGGCUUCCCCACACGCGCUGCUCUCUCGCGCCUCCCACACGGCUUUCCUGCUGGCUACACCGUGGGCCUUCUUGGACCUUGUGCCCAGUUUGACUGUUUCGGUCACGAUGGUUAGCACGGACUCUGAAGCACUUUCCAGGUGUUGAGGCUUUAGUCUAAGCCUGUUGGAAGCUUUGACUGGUUCUCAGUCUCCUUCUGAAGGACUUUGCGGGCCCUCCGGCCUGCGGAUGUGCUGGGGGUUUUAGACGCACAGUGCCUCCAGUCCACCAUCCUCUGGGCCAGGAGCUCGGGGCCAGGAUCUUCGUCCUUACCAGCUUUAAUUGUUGUGGGGCCAGAGUGAUAGUACAGUAGGGAGGGCAUUUUUGCCUAGCACACAACCGGUCUGGGUUCGAUUUCCAACAUCCCUUAUGGUCCCCCGAGCAUUACCAGGAAUGAUUCCUGAGUGCAGAGCCAGGAGUAAUCCCUGAGCAUCGCCGGGUGUGAUCCCAAAAGCCAGUGAAAUAAAAUAAUUAUUGCGCAGCGCCGGAAAGCACUUUUCCGGCAUGCCGCCAAUCCGGGCUCGGCUGGCGUGAUCCCAGAGCUCCGCCAGGAGUGAUCUCUGAGCCGAGCGAGGAGAAGCCCUGGGCACAGCCAGAUGUGGCCCCCGAACAAACAAAAAUUGCUGGGGCCAGAGAGACAGCACAGCUGGGAAGGCUCUUGCCUUGCAAGGGGCUGACCCGGGUUCGAUUCCAGGCACCAUGCAGGGCUUCCUGAGCCAGGCCAGGAGUGAUGGCUCGGCUGAGAGCCAGGACUAAUCCCCGAGCUUAGGCCACCAGCUGUGGCCAAGCUCCUCACCAUCUUCAGCACCCCUCCUCCGCCCCCAGCCCUCAGCCAAGCACUCACACAUCUCCAACGGGGGUUGGCUCCCAGGGGCCUGGGACCCGACCCCCGAUCUUGUCCCAUAAUUUAUACAAUAUGCAAAUGAGGUCCCUGUCGGAUACUCAGGACUGAACCCGAGUGCCAGAGUGGGUGUGGGGUCCUCCGAGCGUGGGCCUUUGGCAGCUUCGCAGCUGUCAACAUUUGGUCUUGCCCCGAGCUCCUGAUCCAUGACUAAAAAAGGGCAGGGACAGAGAAGCCGUGCAUUCUUUCUGGGUGACCGAACAGGAUGUCAGGAUGUGAAUCUUUCAGUUUCACAGUAUCAGUUGAAUAUGAAAGAGGUAAGCCAAGACCCACAGUGCUGAAAGGAAUUGAGGAAUCGAGGUCUGGAAGCAGCAUUUCAGGGGGCAUCAGAAGUCCAAGAGUAGCUUGCUGAGAGGGAAAAUUAGGGUGCUGAGGGCCAGCAGGGCCAUCCCUGGGUGCCGUCGGAGGAGGACAUGUAGAGUUGGGGUGGCCACACAGUGCCCGGAAUCAGAUCAGGGACCCCCUCCAUCCCCUUGAACUGUCACCCCAUCUGUGUCAGGAAAGGGGACUCGGAGGCCAGUGCUCCGGAGGAGAGGAGGGUACAGGCAGCGAGGGUCAGCGGUGCCUUCCAUCGGGUCCUCCGUGGCUGAGUCCCAAGGACACUGGGGCUCACGGCCUCUUCUGAGGCAUGUUGGUGGGGCCUUGAUGAGGGUCAUAGCAUCCAAGAGGAAAUGCAGGAACGUGGGUGUCAAGCGUGCGGUUCCCUUACCGGGUCCCUGGGUUGGGAUGGAAAGGAAAUCAGGCCGACCCUGGACCCCUCCCCGAGGAGGGAGAUGUUUGUGUGUUGGCAAACGCUCUUUAUUUAUUUAUUUUUUGGUUUUGUUUUGGGCUAUCCUGGGUGAUGCUCGUGGCACGGUGCUCAGUGCUCGAGGCUCCAGCCUACGGAGGCUCAAGAUAGAGCAGGCCCUCUGGCUGCCUCCCGCCGGUCCUGGCAGGAGAGUCUUCCAGAGAGAGCUGUUCCUGCCAGUGCUCACACCUGACUUCGGGUGUGCUGUGGACACACAGGGAAAGAGGCGGAGAGGGCCGGUGAGCAGGAGGAAACGCAUCCCUGCGGGGAUGAAGAGGCACUUUGACUUCCCAGCCGCAAGGGCAGGGCCGCCGGAGGAAGGAGCGUCCAGGCUUCACUCGGCGGCGUCUGUGCCGCCUGGGAAACGGGACAUUCUCAAGAGGGGAGAAUGUUGGACGGCUGAGCGUGGAUUGGCCCCGGGACUGACUCUGGCCGAGUUCUAACACUCCCCCAUCCCCGGCCGGCCGCAGAUUACUUGUGUCUGGACUUUGAACAAGGGUGCGGUUCGAUGGUGAGGAGGGGAGGGGUGUCGCUCUGGAGACACCUUUGUUGGAGGUGGCCUGGGGGUGGGGGCGCGGGUGACGGAGGAGGUGGGCAGGAGCGAAGCAGAGGGACUUCAGUGGCGGAAAAUGUGCGGUGGUGAGGGCGGGUGUUGGAACAUUGUAGUACUGAAUUGCAUCACUGAAACCCAGCCACGUACAACUCUGUAUC